GGUGAAGCAACCUCUCUAUAUGCCGAUGCAAUUAAUCUCCUAAUUAGUCGACAUCUCAAGUAUUCCCGGAUCAUAACCAUAUGUUACAUAAUAAUCAAUAUUACUUUAGACCUUGUAGCAAAUAGAGAAUAUAUCAUUAGUCCAAUAGUGAUGGGAAAGAGUAAGGACGAUUAUAUUUCUUGGAGUACACUGGCUAAGAAACGUCCCCUAAUUGAAAGAGGGAGAGAUAUUGAAAAGAUGAGAGAGAGGCAAAUUUGGAAUGAGGGCUUUACCCUAAAUGGAGUCCUUUAUUCUCGCUCAAAUGGAGUAGCAAUUAACUUAAUAGUGAGGAGGAUCCAAGAGAUGGAGGGAGAAGAUGUAUUUAAAGAUAAUAGGAACGUAGAGGAUGAUGGCUAUAAG